UGAAUGGUAUCGCCCAAAGCGACUAGCCAGGAAACGAAGAUGUCGUCCUACACGGUUCUUGGAACUAGUGCAGCUCAUUUUCCUCCGCAAUUUCCGACGUUUUCGGCCACGUCAAGCUCCUAAAAACGCUACUGAAGUUCAGGGCACUGUGCUUUGAAAUGCUGUCUCCUUUCUUGAGGUUUAAGAAUUAAGAAGAUGGAGGUCGGGCUACGUGUCAUUCGAGGCCCCGAUUGGAAGUGGGCAAACCAGGACGAUGGCGAAGGCCACAUCGGAACCGUGGUGGAAAUUGGCCGACCGGGGAGCACGGCAUCCCCUGAUAAAACUGCUGUUGUCCAGUGGGACUCUGGGAUGCGUACAAACUAUCGUGUUGGCUACCAAGGGUCUUACGACCUCUUGGUGUAUGACAAUGCUCCCAUCGGUGUGAAGCACCCGAAUAUCAUCUGCGAUGAUUGCAAGCAGCACGGGAUACGCGGGGUUCGUUGGAAAUGUACAGAGUGCCAUGACUUUGACUUGUGUACAGUUUGUUACAUGAAGGACAAGCACCUUACGACCCAUCAGUUUGAAAGAUAUGAGACUGCACAGUCAGCUGGAGUACGAGUGCCCAAAAGACAUGGCUCUGUCAAAGUCCAGUCCAGAGGGAUCUUCCCUGGUGCACGUGUAGUCAGGGGACCAGACUGGGACUGGGGCAACCAGGAUGGAGGCCCAGGGAAUACUGGGAAGGUUAUCGAGAUCCGUGGUUGGGACAACGAAUCAGGGAAUAGCGUGGUUCAGGUCACCUGGUCGUCAGGGGCAACCAACGUGUACAGGCUGGGUCACAAGGGCAAGGUCGAUGUCAAGUACACCCAGGAUGCAACAGGAGGGUACUACUAUAAAGAUCACCUCCCUAAACUAGGUUACCACCAUCAGCAGACCAUCGUCAGCCACAUGGAGCCAGUCACCAGUGCAGCAGGACAAAACUUCCGAGUGGGAGACAAGGUGAAGGUUCAGCUUGAUGUGGACAUUCUCAAACAGUUGCAAGAAGGACAUGGCGGGUGGAACCCCAAAAUGGUUGAGUAUAUAGGAAAAGCAGGAACAGUCCACCGUGUGACAGAGAGGGGGGACAUCAGGGUUCAGUAUGAUGGCAGUUCCAACCGAUGGACCUUCCACCCAGCUGCUCUUACAAAGGUGGACAUGUUUUCAGUCGGUGAUACAGUCAGGAUUUCAGACAAGAUGGAGGAAGUGAAGAGACUCCAGGCUGGGCAUGGGGAGUGGACAGAUGCAAUGAGAUCAACCCUUGGCCAGCUGGGUACUGUGCAGAAGGUGUACCAUGAUGGAGACCUGAGAGUGCUGGUGAAUAGUCAGACAUGGACACUCAACCCCGCCAACAUCACCAUGGUACCCCGCUCUACCAUCGACACCAACAACACCAUGGCACCAGACAGGGAGCGCCACCAGAGCAACACUGUCCUCUCGCUGCUAGAACAGAUCAGAGCUAUCCAGGUGGACAACAACACCCCGGACAAACUGGUCAGCGAAGCAGCACAGGGGCAUCUUGGGAAGGUGCAUGAGCUGGUCACCAAGCACCCUGACAGGGUAGAUACCAAGAGUUCUGGGAAGACUGCACUUCAGGUGUCCUGCCAUCAAGGCUACCUGGACAUGGUCAAGGUUUUGAUUCUAGCUGGAGCCAGUCUGGAAGUCAAGGAUGAUGAUGGUGACACAGCCUUGCACUAUUCUGCAUUUGGAAACCAACCAGAGAUAGCGGAGUUGCUGCUGACGAAGGGCGCUAAUGUGAAUGUCACCAAUAACAGCGGGUGUGGAGCGCUGCACGUGGCCGUCAACAAGAGCCAUGUCCGCUGUGUCAGGGUGCUGCUGAACCACAACUGUAACAUCAACACACAGGAUUCCUAUGGAGACACGGCUCUGCAUGAUGCCAUUGCCAAGGAUAACAGGGACAUCUUAGACAUGCUGCUGGCAGUUCCGACCCUUGACCUUCAGCUGCGGAACAACCGUGGGUUCAACCCGCUGCACCACGCCUCCCUGAAGGGCAACAAGUAUGCUGCAGAGAAGAUCUUGGCCAUCUGCCCACAGCUGGUUGAUGAGAGGAAAGAUGACGGGUACUCGGCACUGCACCUGGCUGCUCUGAACGGCCACAAGGAGGUGGCAGAUGUGUUGAUUACACAGGGCCAUUGUGAGGUGAACAUCUUGAACAACCGGCACCAGACACCGCUGCUCCUGGCGGUGAGUCAGGGACACACCUCCGUCAUCGAGCUGCUGGUCUCACGGAGCGCCAACGUCAACAUGGAGGAUGAGGAGGGCGACACCUGCCUGCACCUGGCGCUCGUGAGACAGUCCGACAACACCAACCUCGCCAACUCACCGCAAGUCACAAGUACCUAUUCCCUUCCAUCCAAGAAGCUCUUGGCAUACCUCCCCUUCCAGGAGCCCCUGAGUGGUAUGGCCCAGUAUAUCUGGGACUCUGUGGUCAAACAGCUAUCCAACAUGAACAAACAGAUCCACUCCUCUAUGGGAAUUGUUGACACAGGAGGGAAUGCAGGAGCAGCCAUUGCCUGUUUCCUGGUGCAAGAAGGGGCCAAUCUCAAUGCUGCCAACCAGCGAGGCCAAACACCCAUGGACCUCGUCACGGACCCAAGAGUUAAAGAGCUUAUCCAACAGUUUGCCAGUGCCAGGAGGGACAUGGAAGCCAAGAGCUCACGGAGUCAUUCUGACGGAACAAGACCAGGUCCCUCCAACCAGUCCUCGAGAGAUCCCAGUCCCCUGGAUGUACAAGUUGACUGUACAGAGUGUAUAGUGUGUGACGACAACAUGGCCAAUGUCAAAUUUGAGCCUUGUAACCACACCAUUGCUUGUGUAGAGUGCUCUACCAGGAUGAAAAAGUGCAUCAAGUGCCAACAGCCCAUCACCAGGAAAGUCAAAAUAGACGGCCAGCCAGUAGAAGUCCAACCAACCAGAAACAUCCUCCCGGAAAAGGUUGUCGAGUUGGAACGGAAAGUACGAGAGAUGGAGGAGUCAGCACUCUGCAUGAUCUGCCUGGAACGGAAGCGUAACGUGGCGUUCCUUUGCGGCCACGCGACGUGCGAACAGUGCUCCCGUCCUCUCAAACACUGCCCCAUGUGUAGAAAGACCAUCACAAAGAAAAUCUCCCUCUACCUAUGACAGUAGUGCAUGAACAGUUAAUAUUUAUCUUUUUACUAACUUCAGCAUGCCACUAGCUGAACAUAUAAAUGAUGUGCAAAUUAUGCAGGCAGCCAACAGUUUUUGCAAGAAAGUGUUUUGGGUAUAUAGCAUGACUGCAGUACCAUGAUGGGUUUUUGAUUGGUUCCCUCUGGAUACUGUGCAUGUCAUUAUGUAUAACUUAAGUUCCCUCCUAUGUAUACAUUUUUCUUCCUUCCAGAAAGAUUACAGUUUAUGCGUGUAUGUACAAUGGUCUUGUUUGCAGGAAAAUUGAAUUCUAGAAAUGUGAGCAAUAUCAUCUCCCAUUUAACAUAUUUAUUGUUUGAAGUUUUGCAGAAUUCUCAUUCUUUUUCACACAUAAUGUUUUGACUAUUAGGGUUUGGACUAUUCAGACAUGUCAAAAUGUUGUUGAUGACUGUAGCACAUCACUGGAAGAAAACAUAUUUUUGACGAAAUUCUCAAAAGGUUUUAAAGAUAGGACUUUCACAUUUGCAAUACAAGUGCACAUGUAUCAGAUAAAGACAAAUUCUGCAGGUUUUUUGAAAAUAUGUACAUCAUUUGCACUAAUUCAGGAAAAGGUAGUAUCUCUUAAGUUCAAGAUUGGAAACUUGACACUUUUCAAUGCAGGACACCUCCCUGCUUAAAUAUUAAACUACCAUGAUAGCAUGUAUAUCAAUUAAUAAUUAAACCGCCAUGAUAACAUGUAUAUCAAAUUCAUCUUGUUUCUUUAUAUAUGCAUAUAUGAUUUCUCUUUAUACUUCAUUCGUGUCAGUAUAUUUCCAUGUGUAGCCAUGCAUUUUUCUUUACUCUCAAUCCCUUGGAGGAUUGGAAACUUGCUAUACUCUCUUUGAAAUGUAUAUGCUAUUAUGCCCCCCCCCUUCUUGUUAAAAAGAAGGAUAAAAUAAUGGCAAGUUGUGGUGUGAUCAAGCCUACUAUAUGCAAUAUGAAUCAAUAUUGGCUUGCAGUAGACCCUUGGUGUAGUUGCACAGUAAGUGUGAGUUUGAAAUUAUAUCUACAUAUAGGUCAUAAGAUAUUGGCCUUUUCUUUUACACAGCCAAAUUCUCCUUACCUACCAAUGUUUCAGUAGCCCAUCUGCUAGAAGGUGACAGACAGACUACUAAAAUGUUAGCAGGUAAGGAGAAAUUGUGUGUACAAAAAAUUUCCUAUUUUUGCCUUUAUUUUAAAGUCAUGGAUGAUGGCAAAGCAAUUAACAUGUUAAAUAGACGCCAAUAAACAGCAUGAUGGUAUUUUCAAAAAAUAUAUGCUGCAGAAAGAUGCUGAUUCUACAUUGUGUAUAUAGAUCUGUGCAAAGUUCUCUAUGUUAAACAUAAGAUUAUGCUUGUGAAUCUGCAACUUCUGUUAAGGUCUCAGAUAUUGAAGUGACAUUACAGAGUGUAGAUGUCAGUAUAGAUCCAAAGUUUUCUUCAGAAGUUAGUAUUUUGUGAUUUGUGAAGAAUAAAUAAAGUGAUCAUCUGUAAUAUU